CAGGAAUUGAAAGGCUUGAAGAGUCAGCAUUCAAAGGGAUGUUUUAAGCUGCAUUCAAAGAAAUAAGAUGAUUCUUUCUACCUAUCAUACCAUCCAGUCAGUGUUUUGCUGUUGUUGCUCUGUUCAGAAACGUGCAGUGACAACUCAAGUGAGUUUAGAUGAUAAUGCAGAUCUCAUGGAUGGUUAUCCUUUGAAUAAUGGUCAAACAUCAUAUCCUUCAAAUAUUUACCGAGCCAACAGGUCAGUAGGGGUCCCGUCAAGAAGGAAGCCUCCACCACCACCUCCGAGUGAUGAUGAGGAGGGCACGGAAGUCAAGGUGAUCGCCCUGUAUGAUUUUUGGGCCCGAGAAUCCACUGAUCUGAAUGUCAGGAGAUAUGAAGAAUAUGUUAUUCUUGAAAAACUUGAUCCUCACUGGUGGAAAGCGAGGGACAAACAUGGAAAUGAAGGACUUAUUCCAAGCAACUAUGUGACUGAAAAGAAAUCAAAUAAUAUCGAAGCAUUUGAAUGGUACUGUAAAAAUAUAACACGGACCAAAGCAGAGCAGCUUCUUCGACAAGAGGCUACAGAAGGGGCUUUUAUUGUCAGAGACUCAAGUCAAGAAGGAAUUUACACAGUGUCUGUUUACACUAAAGCUGGAGGUGAACCAAAUGGAUCCGUCAGACACUACCACAUAAAACAGACGCAGACAUCAAACAAACAGUACUAUGUGGCAGAAAAACACCUCUUCGAUACCAUCCCAGAACUCAUUAAAUAUCAUGAACACAAUGCAGCAGGCCUUGUCACAAGAUUUCGUUAUCCCGUUGGGCUAAUGGGAAGAUGUAUUCCUGCAACAGCUGGCUUCAGCUAUGAAAAAUGGGAGAUAAAUACAUCUGAUUUAACUUUCAUGAAAGAGCUGGGCAGUGGACAAUUUGGGGUGGUGCGUCUAGGAAAAUGGAGAGCUACGCAUAAAGUCGCAAUCAAAACCAUUUUUGAAGGUUCGAUGUCUGAAGAGGAUUUUAUCGAGGAAGCUAAGGUCAUGAUGAGAUUAUCACAUUCUAAUUUAGUUCAACUUUAUGGGGUUUGCACACAAAAGCGACCAAUCUGCAUAGUUACAGAGUUCAUGGAAAACGGUUGUCUGCUCAAUUACUUGAGACAGAGACAAGGCCGACUUCAUAAAGAAGCCUUACUAGGUAUUUGUGAGGAUGUAUGUGAAGGGAUGAAGUACCUCGAGAGGAACCAUUUCAUUCACCGGGAUUUGGCAGCAAGAAACUGUUUAGUGGGGGACAAGAAUGUGGUGAAAGUCUCUGAUUUUGGAAUGGCAAGAUAUGUCCUUGAUGAUGAAUACACCAGCUCAACAGGCUCCAAGUUCCCUGUCAAGUGGUCACCCCCUGAGGUCUUUCACUUCUCUAAAUUCAGCACCAAAUCAGAUGUCUGGUCAUUUGGUGUUUUGAUGUGGGAAGUGUUUACUGAAGGGAGAAUGCCUUUUGAGAACAAGUCAAAUGCUGAGGUUGUUGAUGAAAUAUCUCGAGGAGAAAGGCUAUACCGACCAUCACUUGCUUCACCCUCAGUGUAUCAAAUCAUGUACAGCUGCUGGCAUGAGAAACCAGAUGGGCGCCCCAGUUUUCGUGAGCUGUUGGACUUAAUCAACAAGAUCACAAUGUAUGAUCAUAAGUGAAACGACUUCCCACACACUCAAAAUCCUGGAUGUGGAGUGAUAAUAUGUUGAGAACAUUCAGAAAACGUUCUGUGCAUGUAUUUUGUAGGUUCAUGUUGCAAAGACACCAAGAAGUAUGUGUCUGGAAUAUCUGGAAUGGUGCCCAUUUCUUCAUGGCAUCAGGUUCUCCAUCAUUUAAGUGCAAUAUAAGACCAAGUUUCAAGAAAGGAUACAGGACAGUGAUAUGACAAAAUAUAGACAUUUUGUAG